AUGGAUGAUACUCUAUGUUCAAACUUUGAUAUUUUGAGGAAGCAUUUACCCGAUGAAUUAAGUGAAAAGGCAGAAACUGACCUAGAAAAUAUUAGUAAUUUCAAAGAUUACUGCCCUGGUGAAGACUGCAAUACUGAACUCGAACAAAUUACGAUUGGAUUUUUAUGGUUACUUGGAAAAUAUUUUAUUAAAUAUCCAAGUAAAGGUAAUACUGAAAAUGAUACUAAACCAUUUUUUCUAUAUAUUAUUUUAUGGUUAAGUUACAAAUUAAGCCAAAACUCAGAGAACAGCACCACCAAAAUAAAUGAAUUUUAUACUAAACAUGUAAAUGAUAAUAGUAAAUAUAGUAAAUUUAUAAAUGAUUCCAGUAGAUUUACAGAUCUUAAGAAAUUCAUAGAUAAACAAAAUUAUUUGUUGAAUAUUAAUAUUAAAGAUCUGUCUAAAUUUUAUGAUGUAUCCAAAUUAAUAUGUAGCAUGUAUGGUAAUGUAGCAAUGGGUAAAGAUAGCAACAUACUGUUAAAUAAUGCUAAUGAAUUUGUUAGCAAAUAUCAAGAACUUAGUAAAAAUUAUAAUAAUACUGAUGGUAGUUCGUAUAAACAAAUAUUGACUGCUUUAUCAACUGAUUAUAAUAAAUUAAAAAAUAAAAAUAGCAGUAUUACACCUCUUCCAGAGAUAACAGCAGACGUUUCUGCAUACAUAUCUAGAGUUAGAUCAUCAAGUUCGUCGACAGGAAAGAAAUUAUUUACAGUUUUAUCGAUAUUUGGUGCAAUAGCAUUUUUUUUAGGAAUUUCUUAUAAGUAUUCGUUAUUUGGAUUUCGGAAACGAGCUCAAAAACAAUAUUUAAGAGAAAAAAUAAAAAAAAUAAAGAAGAAAAUGAAUCAUUAA